CUGGUCGGAGCCGCAGUUGGCCUACUUCGACUUCAAGACACUUACCGACUCGACACAAGAGAUCUGGCGAAUGGACGAAUCCUUGAAGUUCAGGGGAAUUUCACGUUAAAUGGUAAUAAGGCUCUUUUGAUUACCUUCAAAGGAAACAAAACGAAGCCGGGAGACUGUUUUGACAUCGCUCGAGCUGCUUACAACAAUGACGAUCAUUAUCAUGUCAUUAUGUGGAUGGAAGAGGCCAGGAGACGUCUUUAUCAUGAAACUGUGAAGACUGCUGACCUUGAGCAGAGCGAAAAAGAUCUGGCAAAGUUGUACUGCUACUAUAAAAGGGACAGACCUUAUUUGGUCUACGCUCCUAUUAAGGUAGAAAUCAAGAGGUUUAACCCUCUUGCUGUUUUGUUCAAGCAAGUGAUGAGCGAUGAGGAAAUUGCGAUCAUUGAGCAGUUGUCCCUACCUAAGCUCAACCGAGCAACUGUACACGAUUCAGUUACCGGAGAACUCGUCCAUGCAACAUACAGAAUCAGUAAGAGCUCAACCGUGCCACUGUACACGAUUCAGUUACCGGAGAACUCGUCCAUGCAACGUACAGAAUCAGUAAGAGGUACUAAAUAUACCUUGUUUGACCAUCUUCACAAAACUCGUCCAUUGUUUAGUGCAUGGUUGAAGCCGUGGGAGCACGAAGUAGUGGAACGAAUCAACAAACGUAUUGAUAUGAUGACUAAUCUUGAAAUGGAAACGGCAGAAGAACUACAGGUCCAAAACUAUGGUGUUGGCGGCCAUUAUGACCCACACUUUGAUCACGCUAGAAAAGAAGAAACGGAGUCCUUCAAGUCUCUUGGGACAGGAAACCGCGUGGCUACCGUAUUGUUCUAUAUGACAGAACCACGUUAUGGUGGUGGAACCGUUUUUACAGAAGUCAAAUCAUCUGUACUUCCAACAAAGAACGAUGCACUUUUCUGGUAUAACCUACAUAAGUACGGUGAUGGAAAUGUGCUGACUCGUCACGCUGCCUGCCCAGUUCUAUUAGGAGAGAAAUGGGGUUUGAGCGCUGAUUGUUCACAUUCCUAAGC